AUGGCGCGGGUGGCGCUGCUUGUGGUGGUAUCAUUUCUCUGCCUGGCGGCGGCGGCGGUGCGGGCGGAAGAUCCCUAUCUGUACUUCACGUGGAGGGUCACCUCAGGGACGAUCGCCCCGCUUGGCGUCUCCCAGAAGGGCAUCCUCAUCAAUGGGCAAUUCCCCGGCCCCAACAUCAACUCCACCACCAACAACAACAUCGUCAUCAACGUCUUCAACGACCUCGACGAGCCCUUCCUCCUCUCCUGGUUGGUCCUCCUCCCGGAAACACAGCGCCGGAGAAUUGCAGCCCUGGUUGAUUGCUUACUCGGUUGAUUUUUCCAUGGCGGCGAGCAGGAACGGGAUUCAGCAGAGGAAGAACCCGUGGCAGGAUGGGAUGCCGGGGACCAACUGCCCCAUCCCCCCGGGGAAGAACUACACCUACCAUUUCCAGGUGAAGGACCAGAUCGGGAGCUUCUUCUACUUCCCGUCGCUGGGGCUGCACAAGGCGGCGGGGGGCUUCGGCGGGCUCCGGGUGAACAGCCGCCUGCUCAUCCCCGUCCCCUUCGAUCCGCCGGCGGACGACUUCACGGUCCUCAUCGGCGACUGGUACGUCAAGGGCCACCACGCCCUGAAGGAGAUCCUCGACAGCGGCCGUACCCUCGGCCGCCCCAAUGGCGUCCUCAUGAACGGGAGGUCCGGGAAGAGCGAGGACGGGAAGAAUGACGAGCCCCUCUUCACCAUGAAAUCCGGCAAGAUCUACCGCUACCGCAUCUGCAACGUCGGCAUGAAGACCUCCCUCAACUUCCGCAUCCAGGGCCACUCCAUGAAGCUGGUGGAGAUGGACGGCUCCCACACCAUGCAGAACAGCUACGAGUCGCUGGACGUCCACGUCGGGCAGUGCUACUCCGUCCUCGUCACGGCCGACCAGAAGCCCCGAGAUUACUACAUGGUGGCCUCCACCAGGUUCACCAAGUACCACCUCGCCGCCACCGGCGUGAUCCGCUACGCCGGCGCCAACAAGCCGCCGUCCCCAGACCUGCCGCCAGCUCCCGUCGGCUGGGCGUGGUCGCUGAACCAGUGGCGGUCCUUCCGGUGGAAUCUCACGGCCAGCGCGGCGAGGCCCAACCCGCAGGGCUCGUACCACUACGGGAGCAUCAACAUCACUCGCACCGUCAAGCUCGCCAACUCCGUCGGCACCGUCGGCGGGAAGACCCGCUACGCCAUUAACGGGGCGUCCUUCGAGAGCGGCCCCACGCCGCUCAAGCUAGCCGAGUACUUCGGCAUCCAGAAGAAGGCCUUCCAGUACGACGUCAUCGCCGACGAUCCCCCCAAGGACCUCGAGAAGUCCAUCAAAGUGGCUCCCAUCGUCCUCACCGCCACCUUCCGUACCUUCAUCGAGAUCAUCCUGGAGAACCCCACGCGGAGCCUCCAGUCCUACCACCUGGAUGGAUACUCCUUCUUCCCCGUCGGGUAAGGAGAAGAAUCUCCCUGAUCAGGAAGAAGAAGCUCAGAGCAUCUAAUUCUCCUACAGCUCACCUACUUCGUCUUCUUCUGCUUCUUUCUGUUUUCUGCAGGAUGGGAAGCCGGCGAUGGUCGCCGGAGAAGAGGAAGACGUACAAUCUGCUGGACGCCGUCAGCCGGCACACGAUCCAGGUCUACCCGAGGUCAUGGACGGCGAUAAUGCUCACCUUUGAUAACGCCGGCAUGUGGAAUCUGAGGUCGGAGAUAUGGGAGAGGCACUAUCUUGGCCAGCAGCUCUACACCAGCGUCAUCUCCCCCGCCCACUCCCUCAGGGACGAGUACAACCCCCCGGACAACCUCCUGCUCUGCGGUGCCGUCGAAGGCCUCCCUCUCCCGCCGCCGUACACCAUUUAG